AUGACUACUCUCACGAAUCAACCGCUCACCUUUGCCGUCAUAGGGGCUGGGCUAAUUGGACCUCGGCAUGCUCACACUGUGGUGAAAUCAAGCAACACAACCUUGGUAGCCAUCUGCGAUCCCCUGCCUCAAGGAGCAGCGCUAGCUACAGAGCUACAAACGAACCACUACAAGACCAUUUCAGAGAUGCUAGACUCCCCUCAUAAGCCCGAAGCUGCGAUUAUAUGCACACCAAAUCACACUCACGUGGCUAUCGCCAAACAACUUUCUGCUGCUGGUAUCCAUGUACUGAUUGAGAAGCCAUUCAGCACCAACAUUCCAGAUGGCAAAGAACUUAUCCAGCACCUCGAGACUUCUGGAGUCAAGUCUUUGGUUGGCCAUCAUCGCCGCUUCAAUCCAUAUAUGGUAGCCGCCAAGGAAAUCAUCUCUUCGGGACGUCUAGGCGACAUCACUGCUGUGAAUGGGUUGUGGGCCACAUACAAGCCAGACAGCUACUUUGACCCUCCGGCUGAAUGGCGACGACAGGAAAACGGUGGUGUCAUUUUGAUCAACCUGGUUCACGAGAUUGAUCUGCUGCACUAUAUGUUCGGACUGAUCACCAGGGUUCACGCUGAAAAGACAAUCACCAGACGUAAUUUCAAAGCUGAAGAGGGAGCUGCUCUCAUCUUCCGAUUUGCCUCCGGAGUUGUAGGAACAUUUGUCGUGUCUGACAACUGCCCCUCGCCAUACAACUUCGAAGCCGGGACCGGCGAGAAUCCGCUGAUUCCAAGAGCUGCAAAAGACUUUUAUCGUGUGUUUGGCUCGGAAGCUUCACUCAGUAUCCCAGACAUGACGAUCUGGUCGUAUCGCGGCAUCGAAAAAUCAUGGCACUCGGAGAUGGUCAAAGACGAUGUUGCAGUGUCUGAAGCAGUACCAUUUGAGCUUCAAUUGCAGCACUUUGUCAAUGUGAUCAGGGGUGAAGAACCUCCUAGUUGCUCGGCUCAGGCAGGAUUAGCCACAUUGAUUGUUUGCAACGCCAUCAAGGAAGCUUUGGAGACUGGUUCAGCUGUAGACCUAGAAUCCUACGACUUGUAG